AUGGUUGUCAGUGGUUCUAGACAUGGAUAUAUCGUUGAUACGAAGGACUUGCUGGAAACGAUACAAGAGAUGGGGUACGACAUGUCGACCGAGGAGCUUCCAGUGUUCAGGAAGGAGUUUGAAAAAUACUUGGAAAACGAAAUUGCCCGGGGUGAUGAUCAAAAAAGUGUGUCUUUCUUGACGUAUAAUAACAGCCUUCAAGAAAAACGUUUCUUGCUGCUCAACGGCGAAGCUUCAUCUCAUGGUAUCAUAUCAAAUUUUUCCGCUAAGAAAGCCUAUUUAGAGGAGGUGUUUUGGAACGGUUUACAUUUAGGUUUUUUGGGUAGCAACAGUAGAGCUAGCCGAAAAUUUUUGAAAAACUUUCUUAAAAAUCGAGAUGUUAGUCAUGUUCGACAUCAAGGACUUGACGUUGAGUCGGAUUCCUCUUCUUCUGAUGCCAGUAAGCAUUUAGAUGACUCAAGUUCAGAUCAGAUAUAUUCUGUUUAUCAGCUUCUUGAAAGGAUUAGAGAUGAAAACGCCCGCUUAGCGUCACUGGGUUAUCCGGCAACUUCUGCUCGUGAAUGCUGCUGUGAAGACUUUCCGCGUUCGGAACCUGAUGUAUUUGUAAGAGCACUUCGCCCUGUGCUUUGUCCAGCUCCUGGUGGCCUGCCAUUUCGACACGAUCCUGUGAAGACGCUGGAAUUGUACAAAAAGAUUUGGUCUGAUAACCCUCCACCAGGGGAGAAGAAAAGGCUUGGACUAAGGUGGAAGGUUCGUGAUUUUAUGUUGAGAAGAGAAGUAUCGUCAGUGACUUAUGAAGAUCUUACCAAAGCCAGAAAAAUCAAUCCAGAAUGGCUUCCGAAGUGGUAUCUAUGA